UCUCAUUCACUGAAACUUAGCUAUUAGUUUUCCUUUCUUUCUCUCAAGAUUUUGUGGGUAUUCACUUCUGAAAAUUUGCAAAACAAGGACAAUAGGGCCUUCUCACCUCAAAAAAUUUUGUAAUAUUGAACAUGACAUUUUAAAGUACAACUGCUGGAGAGUUUUAUUCUUUCCUUUUGAGAAUCACUGAUACAGUGGAGAAGUGGAUGUGUGUAGAGUUAACUAAAACACAAGAUAAGCUAUGUUGAAUCCUAUAAUACCAAAGCAGUAUACAGAAGCAUGAAUGAACAAUAGUGUUAGCCCUACCAGGAGAAAUUUGAAAGAGGAGCUUGUUUAUUUAUCAAAAUGAAUGUUUAACUGGUGUAUGUGGGGAGUUACUUUUGAGUACAGACUCUCUGGUGUUCCUUUACUAUGUCAAGGCCUUGCUUCCCCCAGAUACUUUGACAGAAAACUGAGAGACAGAAAACUGAAAGUUUGCGUAUGGGUUUGACUUUUGGUUUCAUGUAUUUAAUUCUCACAGUAGCCCUGUGAAAUAAGUAAAGGUACCUUGGGGUUAAGCAACUUGCCCGGGUUACUUGGCUAGUGGGUCAAUUUCUAGUCUGAAUUUGAAGUCUAAGCUCCAAGGAGGUUUACAGAAGGAAACCCUCCACUAUCUCAAGACCAAAUUUUUGAUAGCCUUGGACAGUGAGAGGUGCAUAUAAACAUACAGAACUCAAGUUAAGCAAGUAUUUAUUUUGUCCCUUUUGUCAUUUGUUUUGGAACUAAAAUGUUUUUCCAACUUGAUUUGAGGAGUAUUGUGAUGGGAUGUUGAUAGAUUCUGAGACAAAGUGCUGAAGAAAUGCUGGGAUUUGCAAGGAGAUGUGAGUGCAUGUGAAUGGGCGCUCAGGACCUGCGGAGGGGGAAUAGCAGAGCUAGCUGCAGAGGGCCAGGAGGGACCAGAGGACUGCAGCUCUGCUUCUGUGGCUCCCAAGAGCAGCUUUGUUUCAUAUCCUUAAGAAUAACUCUGAGGAGAUCUGUAUGUAUAGUCACUCUGAAUUUCAUAAUAAAGGGGAAAAAAAUGAGAAAAAUUUCAAGAUUGCAGCUCGAGCCAGCUUAUACCAGUCAUGUCGGUAUAUGAAGUACGUACAGUAGAUGUUCAUUCAGAAUUUGAGUCAUUAAGUUUGGUUAAAUUGUGUUCUCCAUACUUAAGAUGUUGGAAAGUUUUCCAUGAAAAGAGUUCAAAUCUGUUAUUUAAAUUUAAUAUCAACUGUUUUAAGAACUCAUAUAGAAUUUCUAGUUCUUCACAUGUUUUGGGCAUUAUUAAAUAAGGACCCUACACUGACACUACCUAUUACCAUUUCUUUUUUGAGCACCCUAUCAAAGAAAGCUGGGAGCGGGUGGCAUAGACAGAAAUCGGGAAUUCGGAGCACCAUAACAUGGUGUGGGAAGUAAAGACAAAUCAGAUGCCUAAUGCAGUACAGAAACUCCUGCUGGUAAUGGACAAGAGAACUUCAGGAAUGAAUGACUCAUUGGAGCUGCUGCAGUGUAAUGAAAAUUUGCCAUCCUCUCCUGGAUACAACUCUUGUGAUGAACACAUGGAGCUUGAUGAUCUUCCUGAACUUCAGGCUGUUCAAAGUGAUUCUACUCAAUCUGCCAUAUACCAGCUGAGUUCAGAUGUGUCACAUCAAGAAUAUCCGAGACCAUCUUGGAACCAGAAUACCUCAGACAUAUCGGAAAAUACUUACCGUGAGAAUGAGGUGGAUUGGCUAACAGAAUUAGCAAAUAUUGCUACCAGUCCGCAGAGUCCUCUUAUGCAGUGCUCAUUUUACAACAGAUCAUCUCCUGUACACAUCAUAGCUACUAGCAAAAGUUUACAUUCCUAUGCACGCCCUCCACCAGUGUCCUCUUCUAAGAGUGAGCCAGGCUUCCCUCAUCACCACUGGAAGGAGGAAACACCAGUCAGACAUGAAAGGGCAAACAGCGAGUCAGAAUCUGGUAUUUUCUGCAUGUCCUCCCUCUCAGAUGAUGAUGAUUUGGGAUGGUGCAAUUCCUGGCCUUCAACUGCUUGGCACUGUUUUUUGAAAGGCACACGACUGUGCUUUCAUAAGGGAAGCAAUAAGGAAUGGCAGGAUGUGGAAGAUUUUGCCAGAACCGAAGGCUGUGAUAAUGAGGAAGAUCUCCAGAUGGGCACUCACAAGGGCUAUGGUUCUGAUGGUCUAAAGUUGUUAUCACAUGAAGAAAGUGUAUCAUUUGGCGAGUCUGUACUGAAGUUGACUUUUGAUCCUGGUACAGUAGAAGAUGGUUUACUUACUGUAGAGUGUAAACUGGACCACCCUUUCUAUGUUAAAAAUAAAGGUUGGUCUUCAUUUUAUCCAAGCUUGACUGUGGUGCAGCAUGGCAUUCCAUGUUGUGAAAUUCAUGUUGGUGAUGUAUGUCUACCUCCUGGACACCCCGAUGCCAUUAAUUUUGAUGAUUCAGGUGUUUUUGAUACAUUUAAAAGCUAUGACUUCACGCCUAUGGAUUCUUCUGCAGUCUAUGUGCUAAGUAGUAUGGCUCGCCAGCGUCGUGCAUCUUUGUCUUGUGGAGGACCUGGAGGUCAAGACUUUGCAAGAUCUGCAUUCAGUAAAAACUGUGGCUCACCUGGACCAUCACAGCUCUCUUCCAGUUCUUUGUAUGCAAAAGCUGUCAAGAACCACAGCUCAGGGACUGUGAGUGCCACUUCUCCUAACAAGUGCAAAAGACCAAUGAAUGCCUUCAUGCUUUUUGCCAAAAAAUACAGAGUUGAAUAUACUCAGAUGUAUCCAGGGAAAGAUAACAGAGCCAUAAGUGUGAUCCUUGGUGACAGGUGGAAGAAAAUGAAAAAUGAAGAGAGAAGGAUGUAUACAUUAGAAGCAAAGGCUUUGGCUGAAGAACAAAAACGUUUAAAUCCUGACUGUUGGAAACGGAAAAGAACCAAUUCAGGCUCACAACAACAUUAAACCAGGAUGAUUAUGUUCUUAAGUCUGUAUUUGCAUAAACAUUGACUGUCAGUGGAAAGACUUAAGAAGAUCAAGGUCUCACCGUAUGUCCUGAAUCUGUGUGACCAUAAGAUACUGACAGCAUUGAGUCUUGAAAUGAUUUAAUAAUAAGAGUGAGGAUUUGCUUUCUCCAUUAGAGCAUUAAGUAAGCUAAAACUAUCAACAUUGUAAACCAAAUUGCCUUAUUUUUCUUCCAAACUUCAUAUAUGUCUAUCAGGUAAUAUAGGCUUGAAAAUUGAUAUCCUGUGGUGCUAAAGUACAGUAGAAAGAAGUGUAUACAUGUUCUAUUUUAAAUUGUACAAAAGGGGAAUUUAAAAAUAUGUAACUGCUGUUUAUACAUUGGCUCCUUACUGCUUAUUAAUCUGUAUUGUACACAUAACGGAAUGAAGCAGAAGCUGGGAGUUGGCCUUUCCUUGAGCAGCCACCACAUGGCUCAGCGUCUGUGCCAAACACGGAGGCUCCUAGUCUGGCCAGUGCCAAGAGGGUGCCAGAACAUGGGGCAGGUGAGUGGUGUCAGUGUCCCAGCCUAAGAGCCACCUGCUGCAGCCCCAGGGCCCACGGAGCAGAUGCACCCGGUGGCGGCACCCUUUCCCUACGUCGAUGGAGACCUGCCCAGGCCAAGGUAAAGUUAGUUAAUAGCAUUGGGAUAUAGUCACUGUAAUGGUGCUAUUAACAGUUGACACCAUUGUAUUUUUAACUUUGUGUCCUCUAUCUCCUCAGCCACGUAUCUCAAUAUCGUAUUUGUCAUCGUAUCUCUAUGGUGGGGGCGGACUUUGCACUUAAGCAGUGCAACACUUGCACUUUACUUUCCUCCAACUGUCUACAAUGAGAGCAAACACAUUGGCAAUACAGCUGCUUUUGCUCUGAGCUACAAUCAUGGCUUUUCAUGUUACUUACCAAGUGGUGUUUCUGGUUAAGAAUCACAGCUGUAAAAUUGAUUUCAGUUCAUUACACUUCUUCAUGAUGUUGCCCCUAAAUUUUGCACACUAUAUUCUUGUAUAUUAUUUCAAAUAAAAUGAAAAAAAUUGUUUAUCUGA